UCUGGCAGUGGAGCUCAUGUCAAUCCUGGUGAAGUUUGGAAUUUGGGCUGUGCCUCUGGGCGUCGUCUUGGCGUUUCUUCCUCUUCUGUACCAGACAGAGUUUGAAUCCACUGACUUUGAUUAUGUACAGGAAACCUGCAAUAGAACACUGGGCAGCUACAAGUUGCAGUGCCCAAAUAUUUCCUCAGACCUCAAGGAGCUCUUUAAAUCACACGGCGUAGUGGUGCUACGUCAAGUUCUUCCACCCGAGUUGAUCGAAGAUUUGAUCGGGGAAGUGCAAUGCCGCUUCCGCCCCAAGGAGAAAUCCAGGUCAUGGGCAUUGUUCGCAAGGAAUGUGUGGAUGGAUUCCGAGGUGUUUGGCAGAUUUGCCCUACACCAAGAUAGCCCCUUGGGCUGCUUGGCAGCGCAACUCAUUCCUGGUGCUCAUACCAUCCGCUAUGGUCAUGAGGAACUAAAUAUGCUUGUGGAAGAACAGAAUGGGACGGAGGCAUGGCAAACUGACCUUGAGAGCAAUUUGCCUGAGAAUCUCACUGGAUCUGUACCUUUGGUGCGUUUCUUUCUUCCACUGAUCCGCCAGAAUCUCAGCAAUGUCACCGGUGGAUCUGAGAGUGUUUUCCCCUUGAACCAUUUUGCACGACUACGGAAGUAUUAUCCACCGUGCUUCGAUGAAGAUGGUCGAUUGAAAGGAACCUGCUUAGCCAUGAACAACCUGGCAGCAGCUCCCGCUUUGGCUCCAGGAGAUUUGUUACUCUACAGUCCAUUGAUGCCGCACCGCACACAACGGAUGCUGAGCGGCUCUCGGAUUGGUCUCUCCGGCAGCUUGUACGAGCCGAGCUUGCUCAUCCCAUGGGUGGCAGAGGUGAAGUCCCUUGAGCUUCUGACUGAGCCUCCAGACAUGGGGCUAGUGUGCUGGGAUAAGAGCACGAAGGAAUGGCAUGGCAAUCUGAAUUGGCAAAGUGCGGGAACUCACGGCAUCAGCAAUGGUACCACAGCUUGUUUUCCUCAAGUCUAUCCGCAGCCGCAGGAGAACGAAAUGGUCACACGCUUCUCCAACUAUUUGCUGAAUCCAUAUGGACCCCAUUCAGUGAAGCUACGGCGAUUCCUGCACUCCUUUCCAUUGCAGAAGCUCAUUGGCGCUGCACCAGGAUGGCUUCUCCCUUGGUUCACCUAAACUGCCGACAGAGGAAAA